AAUUGGCAUUUAGCGUAAAUAAUCUUUCUCUCUUUAUGGCAUCUAUAUAUAUGUCAGUAUUGCGUAGUGUUCUUCCACUUUUUGCGCGAUCAGCUUGCAAAAUUCUUUUAAAUUUGAAGGCAAACUAUACUGUAGACAUGACGAAAAAGACAGCAAUUUUAUUGAUUGCUGAUGGUUCGGAAGAAAUGGAAGCUGUAAUAACGACAGAUAUUUUACGACGAGCUGGAAUUGAUGUUACAGUAGCUGGUCUUACUGAAAAUCCAUAUGUUAAAUGUAGUCGAAAUGUAAAAAUACAUGUUGAUGCAAAGCUUCAAGAUGUAAUUAAUCAAAAAUAUGAUGUUGUAAUAUUACCUGGUGGUUUAGAUGGCUCAAAAGCUUUUGCAUCUUCUGCAGAAGUGGGAAAACUAUUACAACAACAACAACAAGAAAACAGACUUAUUGCUGCUAUUUGUGCUGCACCUACUGCAUUAAAGGCUCAUGGUAUUGCAAAAGGAAAGCAGAUUACAUCUUAUCCUGCAAUGAAAGAUCAGUUAGUGGAUUAUUAUAAAUAUUUGGAAAAUAUUGUUAUUGAUGAUAAUUUAAUUACUAGCAGAGGUCCUGCAACAGCAUUUGCAUUUGGAUUAGCAAUUGCUGAAAAAUUAAUUGAUAAAGAAACAGCUGAUAAUGUAGCACAAGCAAUGUUAUAUGUACAAUAAAGGAAAUCAAUUCUUAAAUAAAUCUAUCCUUAAUUAAG